GUGGCCGUCGCCAGGGGUGGGGACAGGACCGGCGGCUGCUGACGCCAUCCCGGCCAGAAAAGCCCUGGCCAGUGGCGGGCGCGACACUAUCCGUGCGGCCAGGCGGAGACCCGGAGGACCGAAGCUUCCGGACGACGAGGAACCGCCCAACAUGGCCUCGGAGAGUGGGAAGCUUUGGGGUGGCCGGUUUGUGGGUGCAGUGGACCCCAUCAUGGAGAAGUUCAACGCGUCCAUUGCCUACGACCAGCACCUUUGGGAGGUGGAUGUUCAAGGCAGCAAAGCCUACAGCAGGGGCCUGGAGAAGGCAGGGCUCCUCACCAAGGCCGAGAUGGACCAGAUACUCCAUGGCCUAGACAAGGUGGCUGAGGAGUGGGCCCAGGGCACCUUCAAACUGAACUGCAAUGAUGAGGACAUCCACACAGCCAAUGAGCGCCGCCUGAAGGAGCUCAUUGGUGAAACGGCAGGGAAGCUGCACACGGGACGGAGCCGGAAUGACCAGGUGGUCACGGACCUCAGGCUGUGGUUGCGGCAGACCUGCUCCACGCUCUCGGGCCUCCUCUGGGAGCUCAUUAGGACCAUGGUGGAUCGGGCAGAGGCGGAACGUGAUGUUCUCUUCCCAGGGUACACCCAUUUGCAGAGGGCCCAGCCCAUCCGCUGGAGCCACUGGAUUCUGAGCCAUGCCGUGGCGCUGACCCGAGACUCUGAGCGGCUGCUGGAGGUGCGGAAGCGGAUCAAUGUCCUGCCCCUGGGGAGUGGGGCCAUUGCAGGCAAUCCCCUGGGUGUGGACCGAGAGCUGCUCCGAGCAGAACUCAACUUUGGGGCCAUCACUCUCAACAGCAUGGAUGCCACUAGUGAGCGGGACUUUGUGGCCGAGUUCCUGUUCUGGGCUUCGCUGUGCAUGACCCAUCUCAGCAGGAUGGCCGAGGACCUCAUCCUCUACUGCACCAAGGAAUUCAGCUUCGUGCAGCUCUCAGAUGCCUACAGCACGGGAAGCAGCCUGAUGCCCCAGAAGAAAAACCCCGACAGUUUGGAGCUGAUCCGGAGCAAGGCUGGGCGUGUGUUUGGGCGGUGUGCCGGGCUCCUGAUGACCCUCAAGGGACUUCCCAGCACCUACAACAAAGACUUACAGGAGGACAAGGAAGCUGUGUUUGAAGUGUCAGACACUAUGAGUGCCGUGCUCCAGGUGGCCACUGGCGUCAUCUCUACGCUGCAGAUUCACCAAGAGAACAUGGGACAGGCUCUCAGCCCCGACAUGCUGGCCACUGACCUUGCCUAUUACCUGGUCCGCAAAGGGAUGCCAUUCCGCCAGGCCCAUGAGGCCUCCGGGAAAGCUGUGUUCAUGGCCGAGACCAAGGGGGUCGCCCUCAACCAGCUGUCACUGCAGGAGCUGCAGACCAUCAGCCCCCUGUUCUCGGGCGACGUGAGCUGCGUGUGGGACUAUGGGCACAGUGUGGAGCAGUAUGGUGCCCUGGGCGGCACUGCGCGCUCCAGCGUCGACUGGCAGAUCCGCCAGGUGCGGGCGCUACUGCAGGCACAGCAGGCCUAGGUCCUCCCACACCUGCCCCCUAAUAAAGUGGGCGCAAGAGGA